UUCAGCCUCUGCUGCUGGGUACGAGGUACACCCGUCGCUGCCACCUUCAUCAUCACGAUUUCACGGACUGAAACCGUCUAUACCCUCAGAGAUCUUAUAAAGGAAUCUUACCCGAACACAUUUCGCGAUGUGGACGCUCCAGCUCUCCAGCUCUUCAAGCUCAAGAAUCCCCUGCGAAGACCCUAUAAGGAGACUCUCAAUGGUGUCACCCUCUCGACGGACGGGGAACUCUUGGAUCCUUCGGAUGAGAUAUCAGAGGUGUUCGCGGCACCACCACCAAAGCGCCACAUCCAUAUCAUAGUG